UUCAUAAUAUGCUCAGUCCCCGCGAUCGGUAUAUAUAUAUAUAUAUAUAUUUGAAAUAAUACUUUAGAAUUGAAAUGGGACGUUUUAUAUGAAAGCAUAUUCAAAGAUUUAAUCGUGUGCAGUAUCAUCACAAAGGCUCGACAUUUGGUGUGGUUUUGUCUUUUUUAACUGAGUAAGGUGAGGAUAUGUCUGCUUCCGUGAAGUCCUUCCAAGGCGCGCCUUUCGGCACACAGAAAGCCAGGUUUGAUGUAUCUGGCGUACAUCCACAGAGUAAAAUGCCUGGUACCUACACACAGGUCUGGUAUGAUAAGAAGUCUAUGCACAAUCUGAAAAGGAAGUUAGGUCCCGGAGUGUAUGCAGUAGAAGUAGGAAGUUUUAAUGCCAACGAGGUAGCAAGGAAAGCAUCAGGUCCAGGAUGGUCUAGAGCAUAUGAGACUGCUCGUAUGGCAGCAUUACCUCAUCUACUUCACAAAGAACAGUGGGAAAAGAAACGUAGCAUUACAAGGAAUCUAGGCCCUGGAUCUUACGACAUCAAGGACUUCCUUCAUACUAUGUCUGAUAAACCAGGUAGUACAAGAGGUAUAUGUCAGACUAAAGCAAGGAGAUUUAAACAAAAAAUAACGACGGAAGUACCUGGGCCUGGCACAUAUGGAGAAGGUGGCAUACCUCAUGCAGCCAUCGAGGCCAAGUCUAAAAUUUCAGCUAGUACUGUAGGUCUUCUAGAUGCUGGUUCUUCUACUCCGAGAAAUCUACCUACAGUGGGUUGUGAGCUUGGACCGGGUACAUAUAGUAACAAGAGCUUUACUGAGGAGCUGACCAGUAAGGUCACAAGCAACAGAGGGCCGUACGACCUCUUCACCGGAGAGAGAAAUGCACCUAUCAAAACAGGACAUCUUGCCAAAGCUGGUCACCAUCUUCUUGGGCCUGGUCAGUACCAGCUGAAUUCCUUCUCUGAUAAAUGGCAAGAUGAACAUAAUUCAUGGAAGGGCAAACUAAGCAAGAUAUCUCAAUACCCGGAAAGACCGUCUGAACGCGUUUACUGCUCUACACUCAGCCAAUGGCCAAGGAAAGGGGCUGAUCCUGCCCCUGGUAACUACACACCUAGAGAACUAUCUAAACCUCAGGGUAAAAAUCUACCACCUUUCAUAUCAUCAGCUGAACGAUUUGAUAAACGAGCGAGGAAGUUCUUCACGGGACAAACGAACCCUGUUGGCCCUGGACGAUACAAUGUUCAGCAUUGGCAUGAAGCCCAGCACCAGAACGGUCAUGAUAGUGUCUUCAACUCUAAGGUCAAGAGAGAAAGGACGAGCAGGGAUAACAUGAUGCAGGAGAGAAUACAAGGAGUGAACACAGUUGAGAUGAAAAGUCAAAGUCAGAGUGCAGACUAUGUCAGAGCAAGAAGAACCAUCUAUGCACAGCAAACGUAGAACCAAACAUAUGUAUGUAGUUUUAAACUAGAGUAAAAUGAAAUAAAAGUGGAACAGGUA